UUGUCAAUCUACAAGCCCUAUUACUUGGGAAAAACCGGAGGCAGAGGAAAAAGGAAAAAAAAAAUGGGGAGCCAAAAAGCAGAGAAGCCCUCAAAACCAUCUUUGAAGAAAAACCCUAACCCUAACAAAAGAAAGCUUCUUGGUCCAAAAACAGUUCAGUCUAAGAAGAAGAAGAAGAUUAAGCAACGCCUUGGUAAGACCAACGACAAUGAAAACCCAGUUCAAAACAAUGAAAUCCAGCGACACCAUGAUUCACAAAACGACGACAACCAGAAGCUUCAACCGAUAUCAGGGUCAGCUCAGCUUAGGUUCUUUCUGGAACAGUUUCAAUCUGCUAACGGCCUCCAACUUUCUUCUAUAGAAUUAGAAUCCAUCAAAGAUACAAGUAUGAUGGAACUAACUCAAAGCACAUACCAAGAUUUGGAUACCUUGGGGAAACAUAUGAAGGCGGCUUUUGGCUCAUCAUGGAAAGAAGUACUUUGUGAAAAGAAGCUUUCAGAAGGUAAAAUUGAGCCGGGGAGUCCAGUGAUCCUUGUUAUUAGUUCAUCUGCCUUGAGAUCAAUUGAGUUACUAAGGGGCAUGCGAUCCUUGACCAAGGAAUGUCAUGCAGCAAAGCUAUUCUCAAAGCAUAUGAAGGUUGAAGAGCAGGUAUCCUUGUUAAAGAACCGUGUUAACAUUGCCAGUGGUACACCAAGCAGGAUAAAGAAGUUAAUUGAUAUUGAAGCACUGGGGCUUUCGCGGUUGGCUGUUAUCGUGCUUGACAUAGAGCCUGAUGUUAAAGGCUAUUCCUUGUUUUCACUUCCACAAGUCAAAGAUGAAUUCUGGGAUUUGUACAAGAACUAUUUUCACCAGCGACUUCUUCAAGGUUCUCUGCGUCUUUGCCUUUUCGGUCAAUUACCAAAUGGGACUGAAUUUAAGGGGAAAAAGAGGAGGAAGCCUGAUGAAUGAGUUAGUAUUUUCGCUUAAAUUAUAAAAAUUUUGAGCCGAGUAUUUUUCUGUUUUGCUGGCAUUCGAGCCUGAGUGUUUUAUGAGGCAUGUAUUUUCCCUUUUUUUUUUUGUGUAUUAGAAGUGCAUUAGCCUUUUUUAUUUAAUUUUAUUAUUAUUAUUCUUCUC